CUGUAUGUAGGUCAUUCGAUUGGAGAGUAUCUAUCUUCUACUAGGAGACCUUCAUGAAAACAUGGCUCUGGUACCUACUCGUUUAGACUCGUUUCACAGCUCAGUAUACAAGCUCCAUUUCUUCAGGUACUGCUCUUAUAAUCCUUUCAAGAAACACAAAGUCAUUGCUAAUUAUGAAAGUAAUUCGACAAAUUUAAACCCGACCCCCCAUAAAAAAUCCAAAAUUGUUCUUAGAAAUAAGAACAAUGAAGCGGGUUCUAUCGCAGAAUCACCGAUUUUGCAGUCAAAAAGUAACACUAGUGGUGGUUGGUUAGAGAAAUGGGAUGAUACCCACAAGCAAAAUUGGCCUAAAAAGGCUGAACCAGUUUUAAAUUAUCGAUAUGGGGACGAUUCCGAUAGUGAUGAUGGCGGUGUACACCGUAGUACUGGUAGUACGAUGGACAAAAUCGUGGAGAAACUAAAGAAAUUUGGGUAUGUCGAUGACGUUAAAGAAAAGAAAGAGAGGGAAAUCGAGAAGGGUUCAAUUGAGGACAUAUUCUACGUUGAGGAAGGGAUUUUACCGAAUUCCAGAGGUGGGUUUUCACCGGAAUCACCUCUUGGAGUUGAAGACGUGUUUAGGGGUAGUAACGGGAAAGUGCGAUUCCCAUGGGAGAAACCUUCAGAGGAAGAUGCGAAUAGGAAUUCAGUGAGGCAAAAGAGUAAGACUUGUGUGGCGGAAUUGACGAUUCCAGAGUCGGAAUUGAGGAGGUUGAGGAACUUAGCUUUUAAAUUGAAGAACAAGACAAGAAUCACGGGUGCUGGUGUUACUAGAGAAAUGGUGGCUUUGAUUAAAGAUAAGUGGAAAUCAGCAGAAGUUGUGAAGCUCAAAAUCGAAGGAUCUGGUGCACUUAAUAUGAGGCGCAUGCAUGAGAUAUUAGAAAUGAGAACUGGAGGGUUAGUGAUUUGGAGAUCCGGAAGCACCAUUGCUCUCUAUAGAGGCGUAGAAUACAAAGACCCUUCUUUAAAACAACAAAAACGUGAAUACAACAAACAACUUUCACAAAAAUCGUCUUUUUCUGACACUGCUUCAAUGGAAGAAGAAGAUUCACAAGUCCAAGAAUUAGACACAGAAACAGACAACAGCUAUGAAAAAGAAGUGGACAAGCUUCUAGAAGGAUUGGGCCCGAGGUACACUGAUUGGCCAGGGUGUGAUCCACUACCCGUGGAUGCGGAUUUGUUACCAGGAACCCUCGAUGGGUAUGAACCACCUUUUAGAAUACUUCCAUAUGGAGUCAAAGCUACACUUAUUGGAAAAGAAGCUACUACUUUAAGAAGGCUUGCAAGAGUUCUUCCUCCACAUUUUGCUUUAGGUAGAAGCAGACAACAUCAAGGUUUAGCAGCUGCAAUAAUUAAGUUGUGGGAAAGGAGUUCAAUUGCAAAAGUUGCUCUAAAACGUGGUGUUCAACUAACUACAAGUGAGAGAAUGGCUGAAGAUAUCAAGAAAUUGACAGGAGGGAUACUUUUGUCAAGAAACAAAGAUUUCUUGGUGUUUUACAGAGGAAAAGAUUUCUUGUCACCCAAUGUUUCAGAGGUUUUAUUAGAAAAAGAAAGACUUGCAAUAUCUUUACAAGAUGAAGAAGAGGAAGCAAGAUUAAGAGCAUCAACUUUUAUAACACCAAAAGUUGAAAAAUAUGAACAUUUGAGAGGAUCUACAGGGACACUUGGAGAAAGUCUUGAUGCAAAUGCUCGAUGGGCAAAAAAGCUUGAUGAUGAUCAUAAGAAAAAAGUUUUUCAAGAAGCAGAAGUAAUUAGACAAGAGGAUCUUGUUAGAAAGCUUGAAAGGAAGCUUAGAUUUGCUGAUAAAAAAUUAAUGAAAGCAGAACACGCGUUAUCAAAAGUGGAAGCAUUUCUAGAUCCAGCGGAUCGACCCGCGGAUCCAAAUAGUAUCACAGAUGAGGAAAGAUUUAUGUUCAGGAAACUCGGUUUAAGGAUGAAAGCUUUCUUACUCCUUGGUAGGCGUGGGGUGUUUGAUGGAACUGUGGAAAAUAUGCAUCUUCAUUGGAAAUAUAGAGAAUUGGUUAAAAUUAUUAUAAAAGAAACAAAUUUUGAAGAAGUUAAAAAUAUAGCAUUAUCACUUGAAUCAGAAAGUGGAGGUGUAUUAGUUUCGGUUGAUAAAAUUUCAAAAGGGAAAGCUUUGGCACGUUCUAUUGAGCUUCAAAGACGUGAGGCUCUUAUGAAUCAUAUCUCAACUUUGAAUGCAAGAAUGAGAAAACUGCAAUCUGAAAUCGAACAUGUUUCAACUAUCAAAGAUGAAGUAGAUGAGGAGUUAUAUGACAAAUUAGAUGCGGCUUAUUCCACCGAAGAUGAAGAUAGUGAGGUGGAAGGAGAAGAUGUCUAUCUUGAUACAUAUGAGAGUGAAGAAGAUGAAAAUGGUCACUUGGAAGAUGAAGAAACGGAUUAUGUGGAUCAUCAAGUAGCUGUGUAAACGGUUGCAACGUAGAUAAAGUUAUGUAUAUUGACUCUAAAUUUCAUUAUAAUUGUAAUUUCUGGGAAAAAUAGAGAAAGGUAUGACGUGUUUUUAUCAUUUUAUCUAUUUAUUCUCUUAACCAUUUUCC